CCAACAAAUCAACUCUUAACUUCUUGACUUCACCAUGGGGAACUUAGCUGCCUGCUGCCGAAGCUUCUGGUGCAAGCCCAAAAACCCUGAUGUCCGGAUCAGUCUGCCUGUGGUCUGCUUCCUGUGGCAGAUUGCCAUGAUCAUCCUGUUUGGACUGUUUGUGCGUUAUAAUGAUGAGUCGGAUGCACACUGGUCUGACUACAAGCAUGCGAAAAACAUCACGAGUGACAUCGAGAACGACUUCUACUACAGAUACCCAAGUUUUCAGGAUGUGCAUGUGAUGAUCUUUGUGGGUUUUGGCUUUCUCAUGACCUUCCUGAAGCGCUACAGCUUCGGCGGGGUCGGAUUCAACUUCCUCAUUGCUGCCUUCGGUCUGCAGUGGGCUCUUCUCAUGCAGGGCUGGUUUCACUCUCUGGACCCAGCUGAUGGCCUAAUCAAGAUUGGAAUUGAGAAUAUCAUCAAUGCUGACUUCUGUGUAGCUGGAUGUCUGAUUGCUUAUGGAGCUCUGCUGGGGAAAGUCAGCCCAGUGCAGCUGAUGGUGUUGACACUAUUUGGCAUUACACUGUUUGCAGUUGAGGAAUACAUCAUUCUUAAUAUUCUCCAUGUUCGGGACGCUGGCGGAUCUAUGGUCAUCCACACUUUCGGAGCAUAUUAUGGUCUGACAAUAUCGUGGAUUCUUUAUCGACCGAAACUAGACCAAAGCAAGAAUCUGAACGGAUCUGCCUACCACUCUGAUGUCUUUGCUAUGAUUGGCACCCUCUUCCUCUGGAUGUUCUGGCCCAGUUUCAACUCUGCCAUCGCAGAUCAUGGAGACGGACAACAUCGGGCCGCCAUAAACACCUACCUUUCUCUAGCUGCUUCAGUCCUUACUACAUUUGCCAUAUCAAGCCUUUCAGCCAAAAAGGGAAAACUGGACAUGGUGCAUAUACAGAAUGCAACUCUGGCUGGGGGAGUCGCUAUGGGAACAGCGGCUGAAUUUAUGAUAUCACCAUACGGUUCUCUCAUCGUGGGCUUCAUCUGCGGGAUACUCUCCACAUUUGGCUACCUGGUGAUCACUCCCUUCAUGGAGAAGUACCUGAAGAUUCAAGACACAUGUGGCGUCCAUAACCUGCAUGCCAUGCCCGGCAUCCUGGGAGCAGUCGUGGGUGCCAUCACAGCAGCUACUGCCAGUGAGAGCGUCUACGGGCAUGAAGGGUUGAUAAACACCUUUGAUUUUGAAGGGCAAUUCGCUAAGAGGACGCCUGCCAUGCAGGGAGGCUUCCAGGCCGCCGGUCUUUGUGUUGCUCUUGCUUUUGGAAUCGUAGGUGGAGCUGUUGUAGGUUUUAUUCUGAGACUGCCGUGCUGCUGGGGAGACCCGGCUGAUGAAAACUGCUUCGAUGAUGAGUUGUACUGGGAGUUGCCUGAGGAUGAAGAGAGCAUCCCUCCCAUUCUAGAGUUCAACAGCCACAUGGUCGGCAAAAAUAGAGACAUGAUGUCAGAGUCUAACUUCACUGUUGAACGGAGCUAAUGCAAAAUGUCUGUAUGACAAAAGAGGAAACACAUCACAUCAUAUUGGGCCCAAAAAAUGAAAAGACAGAAUGAAUGUUCAGACCAAGUCUGCUCUGAAGAGAAUAUAGUACCUGUAAUACCUUUGUGAGGUAUUUGGCCUGCCUAAUAGAGCACAGGCCCAGUCGGGUCAGCUCUUAGUUCAAUUUCAUGUCUUUAGAGUCCUGGAAUUAAUCGGAUCAAUAAGUUUAUGCAUAUAUCAUUUCUAAAACUAAAGCAUGUAUAUUAUAUAAUCCAACUGUACUACUAGUUCUAGGCUUAAACUGCAUUUAGUUUCAAUCAUUCUGGAAAAGAAUGAAAUAAUUUUUGCACUCUGUCAAGUUUGCUGCUGUGAUAAUGAACUGACUAAAGAAUAUUAUAGUUUUGAUAUUAUGAAUGUUUUAGUUAUUUAUCUAGCUUAUUUCAAGUGUCCAGUGAUGUGAUAAUUUUUCCAUCCUGGUAUGUAGACUUAUUAUUAAAGCAAUUAGCCCCGAGAAGCCUGGUUUACAGUGAAUUUAUAACAGCUAAGGGACAGCUAAGCCACUGCUUCAUGGGGUUAUUGCUUUUAUAAAACCAUUAUUCCAUAUAUGAAGUUAGGUUUCUCAGAAUAAAAAAUAGCAAAUAAUUUGUAAUGAUAUUAAUAAAAACAGUAUUCUUCCACCAAACAAUGUAGUUCCUUCAGAAACAGCCACUGUUGCUGAGCAACAUACAGAAGUAAACAAAGGUGUAUGAUUGCAGUGUAAUUUACAACAGCUUUGAACGCAGCCAAUCAGAAUCAAAGACCGGAUUUGAUUAUGUGAAAGAUUGCAUGAAGAUUAUAUAUAUAUAUAUAUAUGUAUGUAUAUAUAAAAAUAUAUAUUAUAUAUGUAAAUAUAUAUGUAUAUUUUUUUUUUUUUGGACUUUUGACUUUUGAGAGGUCAAUGACCUCGGAGUGUUUUUAGACCAUGUAGAAUGCUAAAAAUAUGUUUUUUUUUUGCAUUUUUAUUUUUAUCAUGAAGCUUUAUAUUCUUUUUCAAAUGUAAAAUGCAGUGACUUUACAUUAGCAUCAGAUGAUGUUAACCUUGAAUCAACAAACAGAACUAACAAUUAUUGCUAAAUGUGUGACUGAAUCAUAUAAUAACUUAAUUAAUAAUAUUGAUAGUUCAUCGUCUAGCUGACUACGUCUUGUAUUAUUAUUAUUAUUAUUUUUAUUUUUUCUAAAAUCCUUUCAAAUGUGCACAAACUACUAGCUACUUCUAAAUAUUGUAGAAACAUAAUUUUCUGUAAAGUUGCUUUGUUACGAUUUAUUUUGUAAAAAGCGCUAUACAAAUAAACUUGAAUUGAAUUGAAUUGAAUUGAAUUGAAUUGACUUUACAUUGGUGCUCAAACACUGUGUACUUGCUAAAUGCAAAUGUUUGUCUGUUUUAACAGCUGUUGUACUUUAUACCAAAGUUUAUUAAAUGUUUAAAUGAACUCUUUUUAUUCUUUGUAUAUUAUUGCUCUUUUGAUGUUUUUGAUUGCUUCCAUUGUCCUCAUUUGUAAUUCGCUUUGGA